CCUUCAGCAUGCUCCAUAUCCUUCUCCUAGCUGUUUGGGCCCAGAUACUUCACGAUUCAGAAAAGAGGGGUUCACCACCCCCGAUCAAGCUUCCCCCCUUUCCGGUAGGAUUCCCGCUGUGGGCCGAGCAACCACUGAAAUUACACUUAUUUGUUACGGCGGUGAAGGAAGUCACCCGAGUCGUAGUAAUCAUAUUCGAACAGUAGCCGCCAAACAUUCGCUGAAUGGAUCUCUGUAUGGCGUCUUCCAAGGCAAUUACAACGCCAAGCUUGGACGUUAUUAGUUGUACUGUCUGUGUACUACAUCUCUCAUCGGCAGGAGGACGGCAAUGCAGCUCGAGCACUGCGCCCAGGUGCUUGGCUUGCAUUCUUUGCAGCUUGGCUCUUACACAAGUGACUCGACGGUUGCUUUCUUAUGGAUGGAAAGAUGCCGCUUUCCUUUCAGAACCUUUCACAAGCAAAACCUCUUCAUUAUUGAAGCAUCUCGAGGUUUUCAGCAUGUCAAGGAUUCUGCAAUCAGACCCUGCAUAUCCAUCACGCGCAGGUCCUUUGAGUAGCCAUUAGUAGUCCCUGAGAAGCUCCGUAAACUGGCAAAAUAUAAGCACCAGUUAGUUAUUGCAGCAUA